UCCCAUGGUCAUCGUCUCCAUCCCUUAACAUGAGGAAAAUCGUCUCAAAGUUGAAGCGCUCUUUGCGGCUAUCCAGGACAGAGCCAGUUGACCCCACCAAUGGCUCUAGACGCCCCAGGCCAUCAUCGGUCUCAGACACAGCCCCGGGACAGUCCGUUCUCACCGGUCCGCCUCGGGAUGUGCCCCUAGAAACCCUUCCGCCCGAGAUUCGUUAUCUCAUCAUGUCCAUGUUGGAGCUUCGGGGGCUUCAAGCCUUAGUUCACGCGUCCCCCGUUUAUCAUCGCCAGUACCUUGCAGACCGUUGGCGCUUACUCCCCAGAUGCUUGGAUGUGACAUUGCAAAGCGUCGCUGUCGAAGCAUGUUUUGCAUAUAGGUCUGGCAUGGCCGAAUUCUCAGAAACACGCAAUCCAGAGGCAGUCAUCGAACUCCUUGAUCUCUAUCAAGAGCGUCGCGCCUUGUUUAAGGCUUCAGCAUGGAGCCAAGACCUCACCGCGGACGAGGCUUUAGGCAUGGUGACGUUCCACCUUUCGAUCGUUGAGCCACUUGUACGGAGAUAUGCUGUCUGGGCACUGGGAAACUUGGCGCAGGAACCCGAGGUGCGGCAAUGUGAUGCAUCGCUUAGCAAAACGGAGGAGUUACGACUACUACGUUCCAUGUAUCGCUUCCAGCUCUGCUGUAACCUCUUUGGUGUCGGCUGCCACGGGACGCCAUUCAGCCCAAGGUCGGAGUUUGACUCAGUCAGCAUCUUGAAAGUAUUCUUGUCGAUAUUCGAACCCUGGGAGGUAGAGGAAAUUGUUUGUAUUUAUGCCUUCGCGAAAGCAAAGUACAACCAGAUUUUCGACGACAUCCGUUGGGAUGUGCACGAAGAGAACCCCAAGUUCGAUGGCCAGCGACCUCCAACCCCAGAUGGUGCGUUUGAUCUGGAUAACAGCUGGAUAAGACAUAGCCUGCUCUAUGGCACCAUUUCCCGUGGUCUCAGGCUACUACACACUGUCUUUUGCAAUAUCAGGGAUCAUGAGCACUUGGUGUCGACCAUGCAAGAUCGAAUCUCAUGGCCUGCUGGCAGCUUUCUUGAACAUGAAGCCUUAGGACAGUCAGCGCAGACCAUACGGCGCAGACAGCACCCUUCUCCUCGAGACUCAAAGGAGGAAAGGCGUGACCCAUUGCCAUUUCAAGGAGACAGGGUGGAUGAUGUGUACCCCCCAUUGGCGUGGACGCUGAUGUGGCGGGGCACCUAUAGCAACCUGUUUGGAUACUAUAUGGAGGAUCCGAUCCGGAGCUGGGGAUAUGUGAUGUGGGAUGCAGCGCGGCUGGAGCAAUCAGGGGCAAAAAAGGUGCUGAAGCGUCAAUGGACAGCAGAGUGGAGGGGCGAUGAUCCGAGAGAUCAGCUGUUGUAAAUGGUGAAUGAAUUAGCGAGGAUCCGACAUCUAACCUGUC